AUGGACUUUAACCAUGUGCUUCAUAACGAAGAGAAUGACCGGAAAUCCCCCACUGUGGAGCAGCCCUCCACGUCUACGCAGUUCCCACCCCCGCCCCCUCCAGCACCCAGGACUUUGCCUCCUGCCCCUGGACUGGCAUUCCGGGAAUGGAGCCCUUCCUCUCCACCCUACGGCCUGAUCCCUGAUGAGGCUGAGGCCACCACGGAACCCCAAUGCCCCUGCGAGCCAGUACCGCCCCCGUACAGUGUGGCCACAUUCCUUCCCACCUACGAGGAAGCAGAGAGGGCCAGAGCCGCGGGUACUGCCGCCAGCGCCGUCCCCUCAGGGGAGCCCAUCCAGGCAGAGGACGCCAUAUUUUUGGGGGACCACUGCACCGGCUUGGAUGCUGAGCAGCUACGGGUGUGCCAGGACGCCAUCUUCUUGGUGACCUUUUUCAUGGCCUUCCUCUUCAACUGGGUUGGGUUUUGCUUGUCCUUCGGUGUCGUCAGCUCCAUAGCAGGGAGGUACGGUGCCCUCUGUGGAUUCGGCCAUUCCUUGACCAAGUGGAUCCUCAUCAUCCCCUUCUCCAACUACUUCACUGGAUACAUCAAUGGACAGUACUGGCUUUGGUGGAUAUUUCUUUUGAUGGGCCUCCUGCUUUUCUUCAGAGGAUUUUACAGUUACCUUAAAGUCAGGAAGACGUCGGAAAGGUUGGGCCCUGCCUCUAGAACAAGAUGGAUCUUCUCGGAUUAA